AGUAGGUUAUUUUGUAAUCAUGUGUUUGCAGUUGAGAACAUUGGUCUCUUUUAGCUGAAGAUUAACUACAUAUAUUGAUCUAAUUUGAUUUAAAUCACAUAGUAUUCUCCAAGUCUGUAAUACAUUAUGACAUUACUAGACAGAGACAUGCACUAUGAUUAAAGAUACCCCUUAUUAAGCAGCCAUUUACUUGGGUCACCACUGUACAGGACAUAGAAGCAUACUGAAGAUGAAUGUACAUGAAUUGGCAUGUUGAUUAAAAAAAAAAAAAAACCCACACAAGAGGCCAUGUGACAUCAGAACGAGGUCAAAGCUUGGAAGCAGUUUCCUAAAUCUAGUUUAGCUGCAGAAAAGCAACAGAACAACUAAAGCACAGUGUUUCUCGCUACAGAAGAAGAAGAACCUCCCACUUCUCCUGCUCUCCAUCUGAUGGUGUUCCACAACUGGAAGAAGGAACCCAGUAAUAUACCAGGAGGUGCCUGUCCGAGUUAGUCGAGUAGGAGCUGCUAGUGUAGGGGCCUCACCAUGGACCUGUACAAAGCAGCUUGCUUCCUGGGAGCCCUGAUCUGCACCGUUAGUAGUACCGAAGUGGACGGCUACACCAAAACUGAAGGGGCAUGGAUCCUCACGCUGCAGAGACAACGGUAUACGAUAAACACUGCGGCCGAGUGUGCCGCCAAAUGUAAUAGUGAAAUAUCCUUCACAUGCAGGUCUUUCAUGUACAAUGAGAAGGACCAAGAGUGCUUGACAGCAGCAGCAAACUCUAAAUCAGACUUGGUCAUGCGCAGAGGCAACACAGCCUUGUAUGAAAAAACAGAAUACCUCUUGGAGUGUGUGAAUGGAAUAGGAACAGAUUACAGAGGAACAAAGACCAAAACAAAAUCAGGAAAGAUAUGUCAGAGAUGGGAAGCAAGAUACCCACACAAGCCAAACGUCACACCGCAGACCAACCCCUUUGCAGACCUGGAGUCUAACUUCUGCAGAAACCCGGACGCAGACAGUGGGGGACCCUGGUGUUACACCACCGACCCUGACACCCGCUGGGAGCACUGUGGUGUACCCAGCUGCACUGAGGAGUGUAUACACUGCAGUGGUGAGAGCUACAGAGGAAAAAUCUCCACCACUCAAAACGGCCUCACCUGCCAACGCUGGGACUCCCAGGAACCUCAGAACCAUGGCUUCAUUCCCAGCGCUCUUCCAGAUAAGUAUCUUGAAGAGAACUACUGUAGAAACCCUGACGGAGAGUCCCGACCUUGGUGCUUCACCACCAGCACAUCCAAACGGUGGGACUUCUGCUCCAUUCCCCGCUGCACGUCCGAGCCUCCCACCAUCGUCCCAGAGCUGACCUGUACCACCGGUGAAGGCGAGGCGUACCGAGGCACAAUUGCUGUGACAGAGUCUGGCAAAACGUGCCAGAGCUGGUCAGCUCAGACUCCACACAAACACAACCGCAGCCCAGACAACUACCCCUGCAAAGGCCUUGAUAGCAACUACUGUCGAAACCCUGACAAUGAGAGGAUGCCCUGGUGUUACACCACUGACCCCGAGACUCGCUGGGAGUACUGCAAGGUGCCGAGCUGUGGGGAUGCACCCAGACCUGGUGACCCAGUGAUCCCGCCAGAGGAGGAAAACUGCUAUGAGGGCGAUGGCUCAAGCUAUCGUGGCAUAACAUCAGAGACCAUCAGUGGAAAGAAAUGUCAAGCCUGGAGCUCCAUGACUCCUCACACCCAUUCAAAAACACCACAGAAAUUCCCCAAUGC